AUGAAGGACAUACAAUUGCAGCUUGAAAAAGAUGGAUACGUUGUUCUCGAAGAUUUCUUCUCUCCGGAAGAAGUUGAAGAAAUGAAGGCUUGUGGCGAAGAUUUUACAAAUAAUCUACCUCCAGAAAAUCAGAGAAAAGUUUUUAAUACUAUUGAACUUCAACAAAAUAAGGAUGAAUAUUUUAUGGACAGCGCUCACAAAAUAAGCUAUUUUUUUGAGUCAGAAUCAUUAGAAGACAAUGGAAAGUUAAAAGUUCAUCCAAGAGUAUCAUUAAACAAGGUAGGCCACGCACUUCACUGGCUUCAUCCAACUUUCAAAAGAGUAACAUUUGAUGAAAGGAUAAAAGAAACAGCAUUUCAAUUAAACUUCCAAGAGCCAGCAGUCUGUCAGUCGAUGUACAUCUACAAAAAUCCAGGACUAGGUUCAGAAGUGAUAGCUCACCAAGACGCAUCGUACCUGCACGUGGAGCCGAUGAAGCUAGUCGGGUUUUGGAUAGCGCUGGACGAUGCGACCCUAGAGAACGGGUGCUUGUGGGUCGCCCCGGGUUCCCACAAGAGCGGAGUCCAUCGGCGAUACAUCAGGAACAAAGAUUACCCCGAGUCGUCGAAAGAUAUCUUGAUAUACGACCGAGGAACCCCUUGUUAUCCGGCCAGUAACUUCCGCGCAGUCCCAGUACGCAGAGGCUCCUGUAUUCUUCUCCACGGGCUGGUUGUCCACUUCUCCAAAGCCAACAAGAGCGAUAAAUCACGGCACGCAUACACUUUUCAUGUUAUUGAAACUAAGCUGACCACCUACGCUAAAGACAACUGGCUCCAACCCCCGGAGGGUGGCUUUCCUCUUCUUUAUAAAAAUUAG